GUUUGCAGAAACUAAUAUAAAUAUUUUUCAAAAUGUACACAUAUGUUAACACUCGUACAUGCCUAACCUUGUUUUGUAGUACUUUAACAACAAACAAGCGCCAUUCAUUGUUAUUGCGAAAUUCCUCUACAGUAGAUAAAUCGUGUGCAUUAAGUAGAAUAGUAAAAAUGUCUAUUAAAAAUGAAACUAUUACUCCUGGUGAUGAAAGGAAUGUUGAGAUAAAGGCUAGAGUUGGCACGGAUGAAGAAUUUGAACGUCGUGUUCAAGUAGCGCGCGAACUGACAAAGUCAACCGGCGAGUUACUGGUACAGAAGGAUGUGUUCUUCAACAUUUUAGACGAUAGUAAAGGUGGUCGAUUUAAACUACGCUACCUAAAGCCACCUAUGCGCUCACAACUUAUAUAUUAUGUACGACCCAACAAGACCGGACCAAAACUGUCAACAUUUAAUCGAUUAGAUGUUGAUGAUCCCGCAUUGCUUGAGAAGAUUUUGGCGCAAAGCAAUGGAGUGAAGGGCACUUUGGAAAAAGAGAGAUAUUUAUUUCUGCAUGGUCAAACUCGUAUACAUAUGGACAAAGUAAAGAAUUUGGGAAAUUUUAUGGAAUUCGAAGUAUGUCUUCGACCGGAACAGUCUGUCGAGGAGGGACAACAAGUGGCUGAUGAACUGAUGAAAGUAUUUAAUAUACGCGUGGAAGACUUGAUGACUGGUGCCUACUUUGAUGAACUGAAUUGAUGGGAAAUUUAAAAUAUAUCAUAUGUCGUAUUUUCUAUUAAACUUGCGAAUAUUGUACUUUUUAUUAUUGGUUAUUAACUGCAUAUGUUACAAUAUAAACAUACAUACAUACAUACAUAUAUUCCUAUAAGAUUUGUAUGAUAAGAAUUUCGAUUAAAAUUUCUAGAAGUAUAAGUGCAUAA